AGAGCUCCCUCUAAUUGACUUGCUGAUAAAACACGCACGCGUGGUGAUUCAUCCACCGUGAGACCGUCAUUACGACUCAGUUGGAAUCAUUUCGGAGGCUGAGUGUUUGGUCGUGGGCCCUCCGACGCCCCCACCCCCACCGCACUCAUCCCACGUCUCGUCGGAGCAAAAGGCUGCCGCAGCAUCACCGGCAGCCUCCCAGCUGAGCUCCUCCUGCCGCCAUGGCGCCUCCCGUGAGCCGGUGAGCCACAUUCAGAGGAGCGCGGCCAAAUAGUGCGACACAUGCUUUUUUUUCCCCAUGCCGCGUUACUGGGGCGUUUUGUGUACAAUAACCGUCGCUUGACGGAGAUUUGGUCGACAUGUAAGAGGAGGAUAACUAUUGGCGCGUGACAGGGACCAACAUCUGCAGCUCAUCGCAGUAAAAGCUGAACCUGCCACGGCACUACUGUAGUAGAGCUGCCUUCCGAACUGCCGCAUUGUCCCUGGAUGGCCGAUGAGAGGCUGCCGCUGCGGUCUCCUCCCAAGGAUGAGUGAAAUGAUGAGCACUUUGGGUCUCUAGUCCUGCACUGACUAGCGACAUGAUCUAAGAACAACCUAUCAGCCACCAUGAAAGGGUUAGGAGCCAACCGCAGUCGUCAUCUGUCGGACUCAUGUGAACCAUCAGUGUGUCCGCAGAAACCUCUCUGCCCUUUGACCUCUGACCCCCACUGCUCUUUUGUGUUGAGUCCAACCAUAAACAACUAUGGUACCCUGGAUCCUCACCUUCACCAGUGCCCUCCCACUAGCCCAACCACCUUGACCCCUGACUGCCUGCUGCCUUUCAACCAGAUGUCCAACAGCAGCACCUUCCCUCGUCUCCACUUCACCUCCCAGACGGAGCAGGUGGACUGUCCCCAGGGGUGUAUGGCGGGCAGUGGUGGAGUCGGGCAGGGCAGCAGGGCAGGUACCCUAUCCACCUCAUUGUCUAUGGGUAUGGGCCUGGGCUUGGGUUUAUCUGGUGCUCCCAUGAUCACGAGUGGCUCAGCCACUAUUUCUUCUGCUGCAGCAGCCAAGAUGAAUCGGUUACCGUCCAACAUUUUGGAUCAACUGGAGAGGCAUCUGCCUCUGCAGCGGGAUGGCUUCAGCACUCUGCAGUUUCACAGAGGACGUAUGUCGAAACAACGCAGCGAGAGUCCAGGACGGAUACGCCACUUGAUGCAUUCGGUGCAGAAGCUCUUUGCCAAAUCUCAAUCGCUGGAAAACUCUACAAUUAAAGGAAACACAAACGCAGAGGAUGGUGGUAGACCAACCCACAGGAGCAAGAGUAAAGAUAGGGCUAAGACUGAAGGACCAAAACAGAGAACAAGGCCCAAUGCAUUAGGACUGUGGAGCUCAGAUGAUGCUCUUGACAUUGAUGCUACCAAAGCUGGCACCAUUGCUGUUGGUUACCGCAACCCAUUGUGCAUGAUGACACUUGGUAGAGCGAUAUCAGACAGCCAGGCCCACACCAGACAUAUCCCACAGGGCUACAACACCAUUUCUGCACAUUCUCUCAAAACCUCGAAAAGCAGCAGUGACCUCAAGCUCCUAGGGUGUCCGGUCACACAGGUAGGAUCCACCGAAGAGGAUGGAAGAACUCGAAGCAAGGACGACACACAGGUGAAGAGGGGUUCCUGGUCCAAUCUCACGCUCAAUCAGGCCAGGCAAGUGUUACAGAAAGGCUCUGCUACGGUCAACAGGACACUUUUAAAAACAAAGUCAUGCCACCAGGAUCUGACAAACCAGUUUCUUCAGGUAGGAGUACCAGUCCCACUGGGGGACUGGGCUGGCACUUUGGGUCAUGGAUGGGCCAAAGGAACAGAAAUCCCUUGUCGAAGAAUGCGCAGUGGCAGCUAUGUGAAAGCAAUGGGAGACGCGGAGGACAGUGAUGACUCAGAGGGGAGUCCGAAGCCGUCCCCCAAAUCUGCAGCCCGUCGCCAAAGUUAUCUGAAGGCCACACAGCAAUCCCUGAGCGAACAGCAGCCUCUGCCACCACCACGGAAGCCUCGUUGCUACGCUCUCAUGCGGGAGGAUUUUCUUUGGUCUCCACUACAGAGUGCAUGCUCUAUGCAGCAUCUCAGCUGCCUUCCCUCCCUCAAAGAGCUGUCCACAAAUCGUAGCCUGGACAACUUAGACUGCCUGGUGAGCCCAGUGGAGACACAAUCACACCAGAGACACAAUGAUUUCAGCCAGUGCCCCAGCACCUUGGCCAGAGGAUCCACCGCUCAGCGUGUGAGUCUGCACACGAUCUUUCAGGUAUGUGGCCGUGGCUUUGGGCACUCCGUUCCGCACUGUGAGGGCGAAUCACAGGCAGUGGAGGCUCUGGACCUUCCUGCACCUACCUGCUUCAGGUCACGUAGCCACAGUUACCUGAGGGCCAUCCAGGCAGGCUGUUCCCAGGAUGAAGAUACAGGUUCUGUGGAUUCAGACUCACCACCGCCCACCACCAAAAGCUACAGCUCCAACACAAUCAGCAGUAGGAAGGCUCCACCUCCUGUCCCACCCCGCACCACUUCCAAACCCCUCAUCUCAGUGACGCUUCAGAGCAGCACAGAGUCCGCCCAGGACACAUACCUUGACCAACGGGACCACAGCAGUGAAGCCAACAGCCAGUCAGGACGCAGCAAUUCCUCUGAGAGUCUCUGUAGCAUCCGCACUGGCGGUUUGGCCAAGAGGAACCAGCCUACAGUGACUGUCCCCUCUGCAACCCCUGCCCCCUCUGCACCCCCUGUUCCAGCUCCUCGAGAACUUCCUCCUACCACAACUUCCUCUACCACCACCGCUUCCACAUCUACCCAACCCCAAAAUGACACCCUAAACACUUGCAUUGCUCUGGAGCAGCCCCCCACUGCACCCAAAAGAAAACUAUCCUCCAUUGGAAUUCAGGUGGAUUGCCUUCAGCCUGUCCCAAGAGAGGAACUGUUACCAUUGACAGCCCCCCUGAGAUUCCAGUCAAUUGGAGUUCAAGUGGAGAACGGCAGGCCUCUCAGUCGGGACAGCAGCAUGGCCUCCAGACAAAACACAGAGACCGAGCCUCAGGAGCACCACGAAGCCGCACCCACAGAAAAUGGCAAAGCCAACUGCACCAGCCCUAAAGCCACGAAUUCCAACCGACAGGACAUAGCCAUUGAGCAGCUGUCUCUUAAACACACCUCAACUCCAUCCAGAACAUCCACCUUGCCUCCAGAGAGGCUGGACCCGGCUUUAGACCCUUCCUCCCUGCCACCGCCAGAUCCAAGCCUGGAGACCGGAAACUGCAACGCCCAAGGAGACUCUGCACAAGCCAGCACGCCAGCUUGCCUCAGAGAUGGUAACUGGUUUCUGAAGUUGCUUCAGGCAGAAACAGGCCGCAUGGAGGGCUGGUGUCAACAAAUGGAGCAGGACACCAAAGACAAUAAGCUUUCAGAGGAAGUGUUGGGGACGAUCCGCAGUGCUGUAGGCAGUGCCCAGCUCCUCAUAUCGCAGAAGUUUGAGCAGUUCAGGGGGCUCUGUAAUGAAAACCUGAACGCCAAUGCCAACCCGCGGCCAACAGCACAGGACCUUGCAGGGUUCUGGGAUCUGCUUCAGCUCUCAAUAGAAGACAUCAGUCUGAAGUUUGAUGAGCUCUACCAACUAAAAGCCAACAAAUGGCAACUUCCUGAGAAAUCAGAAAAGGUUGAAACAAAGCAGCUUCCAUCUUCUGUGCCAAAGAAGCAAUCUAAGCCCAAGCUAUCAGCUGGGAAGGACAGGAGCAUGGACUCGGCUGUGGACAAGCAGCGCCAAGAAGCCAGAAAACGGUUGAUGGCAGCAAAGCGUGCAGCCUCGGUGCGACAGAACUCUGCUACGGAGAGCGCUGACAGCAUCGAAAUCUAUGUCCCUGAGGCACAGACACGCCUCUGAGACCGUGCCCGCACUAAUCAUCUGGGAAUCUCCAUACCCAGUGACUCAAAUCAACUGACCAGAACUAAGUCCUUCACGCUCAGACACCCACACAUGUAUAACGAAUGCAUCAGUCCAACACAAGGAUCCAAAACAUUGCAGAUGGCCCUUGCUACCGUGGGACAGAAAACAACCUUGCAGGAUGUUCAAUACUAUGGGUAUUAUUGACAUUAUGAUGACUCUUAUCUCCUAAAGUAUAUCAAGACUGUCUGAAAUGUGCAAGUACCUUUUUUGACAAGGACACUCUUGUGAGCUGAAGAAUCUUGGUAUCACAGAAGUUUACUCUCAACUCGGCAAGUUGUGGCCGGCUAGUUUACGAUCUUAGCUACCAUCCACACACACUCAGGAUACACAUGCAGGUGUACUCACUCUCCACAGAGUCUUCCUGUUCUCUAUUUGUAUUAGGCUGCCGCUCAUCGGCUGUGGUGUGUACUCUUUUCCGUGUAACAGUUAUGGGGAGGAUGUUGGGAAUGCAGAGAACCAGAAGAAGGCAGUAGCAUAUAUAUUAUAAAUAAAACACUAUUACAAUGUUCAUUUUGUAAAUGUUGUAUACCAGAUUGUUAGAGCUCUGUGUUCAGUACCAUGUUAGUUUUUUAUAGCUCAAGUACAUGUAUAGUCAUGAUAUAUUAGCACCUGAUGCAAUCAUUCACUCCACAUCCCUCCACGCUCACAAACUGCACAACAGUUUGUCUGUGAAUAUCAUGGUUUAAGUCUUACCUUUUUUGUUGAGUUUGUUGUUGUGCUGGCAUUGCAGGAAAGUCUGCCCAGCCAAUGAGCUCCAGAGGAAUGUAUAGAAUAUAUGCAUUUUGCAGCUCAUUUUGACUUGAUCACUGCACUUUCACCUCAGAUCAAGUUGUUUUUUGUUUUUUUGUUCACUGAAUCAUUCUUUUGUUGCAAUGUGAUGAAGGGGACCAAGACACCCACCACUUGUUAUGGCAUUCCCAUUCACUCACUACAUGUGACAGGGUGGGAGUUCUCAUACCACUGAAAAGGAAAUGGAAAAGCAAUAAUGAAAUGGAGUUGUAUCAGAACGUGCAAUGCAGGAUGUGUGCAGUCUUAAGUGAUUUAACUUUGCAUGAAGGACUAAUGUUUUGUUCACUUGUGAACUGUACUCGUGGGAAUCUCAGGUUGAAAGCUCAAAGUCAGCAGUAAGAACCACUAUGACUUCAGUGGCUAUAACAAUCACCCAUUUCAACCAUAUUUGGUGUGAAGGCAACAAAGCGUUUCCCCCCCUAGAAAUAAAAUGGGUCAUGCUAAAGCACAAACUUUUUGUUUUUCAUCAGUCCACUUUCUCUCAUCUUACACUCCCACCCGUUAGUUAAAAAUGAACAGUGGUACUUUUCACCGUUUGACACAUUUUCUGACUUCCAACUAAAAUGAGGUCAGCCUGUAAUUAAAUCUCUUCUGGUGCUGCAAGGGUUUUCACAUUGUGCCAAGACGGCUGUGGUCAUCAACAUCUGUGUCAUUUGAAUUAUUUUUUAUUUAAAUUGUGUUUUUCUAUUCUAUUUAAUGUGCUCAUGAUUCUUUGCAAAGGUUGUUUGCAGCACUUCGAUGCACUAUGCCAUGUUCCAAAGGUACACAAGUGGUGGAGCUUGGUAUAGCUUAAUUAUGUUGGAAUAAAGGUCGACUCACUAGUCAGAGCUGGCUCUCCCCCUACUGGUCAGUCUUUGCGUUACACCCCAGAAAUCAUGUCCUCAAUUCUGAACCAAACAAAUAUAUAUUACAACAAAUAUUAGGUUCAACUGGGAAUGCUGACAUGACACCAAGUUGUUGAUUUUCUUUCUUUAUUUGUAUGACAUCAACAGUGAACAUUUGCAUUUCAUUGUCCAAAGCAAUCAUUAAACAUCCCUUUGCUACA